AUGCUGAGCCAAGGAGUAAAGAUUGCCACGGCCAGCAGCUGGAAAAGUAAGAAGGGAUGAAGGUUAUAUAUUUGAUUUGAAGCAAUCGGUCAACUCUUCUGCCUCAGGCCUUUUGCGUAAUAUUGCACAAUUCCUACAGCAAGACACCUCUGUGCCCCUUGUGUCCUUUUAUAAGACCAUAUAACACUGGUCUUGAAAGACCUACACUGGCUCCCAGUACGUUUCCGAGCACAAUUCAAAGUGUUGGUGCUGACCUUAAAAGCCCUAAACGGCCUCAGCCCAGUAUACCUGAAGGAGCGUCUCCACCUCCAUCGUUCUGCCCGGACACUGAGGUCCAUUGCCGAGGGCCUUCUGGCGGAUCCCUCACUUCGAGAAGCCACGUUACAGGGAACCAGGCAGAGGGCCUUCUCGGUAGUGGCACCCGCCCCGUGGAACGCCCUCCCACCAGAUGUCAAAGAGAAAAAUAACUACCAAACAUUUAGAAGACAUCUAAAGGCAGCCCUGUUUAGGGAAGCUUUUAAUGUUUAAUAGGUUAUUGUAUUUUAGUGUUUUGUUGGAAGCCGCCCAGAGUGGCUGGAGGUCCCAGCCAGAUGGGUGGGGUAUAAAUAAUAAAUUGUUAUUAUUAUUAUUUAUUAUUAUUAUUAUUUCCCUGGUGGCAUGUGAGGGUGUGGCCCACUCAUGUGAUUAUGUUUCCCCAUAUAAAGCAGGUGUAGGGAACCACUGUCCCUCCAGAUGUUGCUGAGCUGCAGCUCCCAUCACCCUGUCCGUUGGCCAUGCUUCCAGGGGCUGAUGGCAGUUGUAGCAGAGAUUUCCUGCAUUGUAGGGGGUUGGACUGCAUGACCCUCAGGGUCCCUUCCAACUCUACGGUUAUAUGGUUCAAUGAAUCCCCACACUGGAUAUAAAGACUUUGACCUCCCCAGGGCUGAACUUCUAAAUCCAGCCAGGAAGCCACAGUCCCAGGCUUGCCCCCAAACCCUGCCCACUCACUCAUCUCUGACAUAAGAAACGAAUUGUGACAAGGGCUCUCCGUACAUGCUCAGGAGCACUCCUUUGCUCAGUAGCACAGAAAUAUGGCGAGGUGGAAUAUGUUCAUGUGGCAGCUCCAACAUCCUCUGUCAAUGUUUAUAAUUUUGACUACUUAUGCAUGAGUUUUCCUGCCAAGCUAGCAGUUUGAAAGCACGUCAAAGUGCAAGUAGAUAAAUAGGUACCACUCUGGCGGGAAGGUGAAUGGCGUUUCCGUGCGCUGCUUUGGUUCGCCAGAAGUGGCUUAGUCAUGCUGGCCACAUGACCCGGAAGCUGUAUGCCUGCUCCCUCGGCCAAUAAAGCGAGAUGAGCGCCGCAACCCCAGAGUCUGCCACGAUUGGACCUAAUGGUCAGGGGUCCCUUUAUCUUUAUGCAUGAGUUUAUUCUUCACUGGUAUGCAAAGAGGGGCUUGGGUGCUGAUACUCAGCCCAGGCGAAUCCCUGCUCACAUUAAAGCCCCACUCGCCUCCCGUGAACGUCAUGGUAACCCAUUUUUUCUUUCUCUCCUUGCACUAGCCAGAGCUCAGGAGGUCCAAGCUGAGAAUGUGACCGUGGCAGAGGGUGGCCAGGCCGAGAUCAACUGCAAGCUGCACCAGUACGAUGGCUCCAUAGUGGUGAUCCAAAACCCAUCCCGCCAGACGCUCUUCUUCAACGGCACGCGGGGUAAGAAUGGGGCUUCGGGAAUGGUGGGGUUGUAGGCUGGGCUGAAAAGGUAAAGGACCCAUUGAGGUGGGGCUGGACGAGAAAUGCCACCCACUCAAUCCCAGGCCUGCCAUCUGGACCAGCACCAGCACCCCCUACAGGUCAGCCCACUACAGUGCAACCUGCUGCAAGAAGAGAACAAGUAUAUCAGAGGUGCUUGCAGAGCACAUGGAUCGAGGCAGGUUAGCCAAGCCAGAUGCCUCAUGGGGAAGCAAGCACGCAAACUAUGUUCUUCCUUUGGGUCACUAGCCAAUCUGACCUGGGCAGUGGGGAAUUGAUUGGUUACACCCUGAACUUAAGAACAACCCGGUCAGAGUCCAGGGCUGACCCAAGAUAGCUUGGUAACUGAGGAGGAAAGUCCGGACAGCAACCUCCCUAUGCUAAGUGUAUCCUACUACACACUAGGGCUGGGCGAUAUAUUAAUAUAUUGUCCAAAACAGGUUUGAAGUCCAUAUCAUGAUAUCGCUUUCAGAAUUAUUGACCUGUCAAUAUAUUGUGAAUAUAUAGUGUAGGUGUGGGUGUAUUGUGCAAAAAUCACAACGUGGGAAAUACCGUGAAGCCAGCCAAUUCUUCUCUCGAUUCCUGCAGCCCCUGUUAACUCUGCCAGCUCAGCUCUCCCCUGCCUCCUGCAGGGGGCAGCGAACCACAAGAUCCGGCGCCAGCAAAAAUCCCAAUAUGGGAAAAACCGCGAAGCCAGCCAUUGCCUCUACGUAGCUCCAUCCUUAUUUCAGACAUUGUGAUAUAUCUGUAUAUCAUGAUGUCUCACUGGUGACAUAUCACUAUGUUGAAAACCAGAUAUCGUCCAGCCCUAGACACUUCUGCAGCUUUCGGUAGCAGCCCUAAAUCUUCCUGCCCCAGAGAUCUGCGGCAUUUUGCGUAAUGGUGGGGCUGGCCUGGGCUGAGUGAUCCUCACUUAGAGAAGCCAUGAACUGCACCUCCGUGCCACCUGGCAUCUUGUCUCAAAUAGAGACAGUCCCUUGUACUUGAGAGAAACCCCCUCCCCAAGAUUGUAUUUUUGUUGCUUCUUAUGUAUUUGAAUUCUAUGGAAUGCAAGUUGCCGCACGAAAUAAAACAUAAGAAAUAAAAGAAGCAAUGGAAAUACAAUUGAAAACCGUACAGCAUCACACCCUGAUGACCCUCUUCUCAUUUCACUGGUUCAUAACAUGAGACACCUUUUCCUCACCCUCCUUACAGCCCUGAAGGAUGAGCGGUUCCAGCUGGUGGAGUUCACCCAGAAGCAAGUCCGCAUCGUGCUCUCCAAUGCCCGCCUGGAAGAUGAGGGCGGCUACUUCUGCCAGCUCUACACAGAAGACACGCACCACCAGAUCGCCAUCCUCACCGUGCUGGGUACGUGCCGCUUUCCCGCUGCCACCACCUCUGCCUUCUCUGCCACAGCUGCCGCCGCCCUAUUUCGGGAUUGCAACAUAAACUGGAAGAAAGAGGAGUUACAGUACCAUAUCCAUGAAUAAUAAUAAUAAUAGUUGUUAUUAUUCCUAAAGCACCCUCUUCGGUCCACCCAGAUCCUCUGGGUCUUCUGCAAUAAUCAAAACACAUCACUGAUACAUUAAAGCCAAUUAAGGUUUUUUUUUUAAUAAAAAAAAAAAUACUAACAAAACCCACAAGCACAGUUCUCAGAGAAUCAUGGAACUGGAAUGAAAUGGGGUGAUCCUCUAGUCUAACCUUCGACUGGGCUCAUUGCCAGAAGUGUUGGCAGAGGAGAUGGCUAAGGGCGGAUGGAGCCACUCUAGGUCUACGUGGAACAACAGAAGCCUCAGAAAGCACCUCUUGCGUAUAUAUUCAGCUUGUUAAAUCCAACUAAAAAGUUAGUGGAAUUGAAAGAUGUGGCAGGUGUCCAAAUAGUUUUUCAUCCAGCCCUGGUACCUUUGUGACCUUUGGCCAGGAUGCUGGAAGGUGGGAGCAGGUUAGCAAGAAGGUCAGUCCGUUCUUACCUUGUGGUGUUAUGAUGAAUUAAGGCCAACGCAAGUCUUGUGCAAAAUUUAUUUAUAUCCUCAACCUUCCAAAGGAGCCAAGGCAGCAAGGAUAAAGCAAUCAAAACAUAUUUUUAAAGAAAUCCAAAAUUUUGGAUUUUUAAAAAAUAUAUUUUUUGAGGAAAAAGGGUCCCGGAACUCUGUUCCAGAGAGUUCUGGCUGAAAAAAAGCCCUGGUAAUUAUAAUAAUCUCUCUCACACACAGCUUUCAUAGAAAAGCAUUGGAAGGGACCCCAAGGGUCAUCUAGUCCAACCCCCUGCAAUGCUGGAAUCUCAACCAGAUCAUACAUGACAGAUGGCCAUCUAACCUCUGUUUAAAAGCCUCCAAGGAAGGAGAGUCCACAGCCUCCCGAGGGAGACCAUUCCACUGUCAAACAGCUCUUACUGUGAGAAAGUUUUGCCGAAUGUUUAGUCGGAAUCUCCUUUCUUACAACUCGAAGCCAUUGGUUCGAGUCCUACCUUCGGAGUAGGAGAAAACAAGCACACUCCCCCUUCCAUGUGACAGCCCUUAAGAUAUUUAAAAUGGCUAUCCUGUCUCCUCUCAGUCUCCUCUCUUCUCUUAUCAAGUAACUCUGUAUGUUGUCCUGUCGCUUGAGGUGUGGCUAGGCGGGCCUCAGGUUGCUGCGCCUUCUCUUCCAGCAAGACAACCAGCUUGCACUUGCUGCAAGUGUCCUUCUGCUUGUUCUCUGGCAGAAUAACAAACAGGGCACAGGUGUCACUGUAGGUCACUGCAGCAGCUCCCUUGCCCUCCAUAUCUCUGGCCCUUUGCCCACCAAGAGACAGAACUCUGGGCCUCCCCCUUAAACACCCUCACAAACACCCCUGCUUGUGAGGUCUGGUCACAAGCUCCCAGGACUUGCACUGAGCUAAGUUUGACUUCCCCCAAGGAAUCCUGGGAAAUUUCAUUUGUUCAGGGCUUUGGGAAUUGCAGCUCUGUGCACGAUAAACUAAAGUCCCCAGGAUUCUUUAGAGGAAGCCAUAAAUAUAUGGUGUGGUGUGGAUGUGGCAGAGAUGGAGAGGGAGACAGAAAGCUGCCUCGUCGAGUCAGAUUGCUAGUCCGCCUCGCUCAGUCUCCCUAGGCUUUCAGAAAGGAGGCUUCCUGCAACCUUAACUGAGACCUCCUCCUGCAUGCAGAGACCUUCUGCAUUCCCCAGCCUGUAAUUUCAAGCGCCUACCUAACCUCCCACACAAUCACUAGACAUUCAUAUGCUUCUUUUAAGGCCAAGCAUUGACAACUCGUAUGAUCAUACUCCGAAUCAGUAUGCUGUAUAAUUUACCCAAAGGAAGGGGUGGGGAAGCCUCCACAUUCUGCACUAACAGAAGCUAAAUCAGGUAUUCUUAGGAAAUUAUGCAAAUGUCUGCUUCUUUUCCAUAAUUCUAAUUUUGCAACUGGGGCUGGGCGGGGGGUGGGGGGGGUGUCUGUGACAACGAAGAGCAAUGCAGAGCAACAAAAUCCCAUUUCCUGACUCUCUGAUAUUCUGUUCACUCGCUUCUGAGGUGUUAUUUUUUUCCACCCUAAUUUAAGGCCUAGCAGCUUUUGUUUUGUUUUUGACCUGAAAGUGGAAUUUCCCAGGAUGCAUUUGUACUGGUGAUCUUGAGGAAUCCUGGAACAGUCACAGAGGCCCACCUGAAGAGCUCACUACCCUUGCCAUUGGACCCCCUAGUUCAGUGGUGGGGAACUGGCAGCCUUCCAGAUGAUGUUCCGUCUUCUCUGACCACUGGCCACACUGGCUGGGGCUGGUGGAAGCUGCCACUGGGGGUUACCUGCUUACCCAGUGACAGGGCCUUCUCAGUGGUGGCUCCCCAUUUGUGGCAUGCUCUCCCUAGUGAGGUGCAUCUGUCUCAGGCAUUGGGUGGCUGAAAGGUCUGUUCCUGGAAGCGCUGGAAUUAUUAGCUAUGAGAGUGUGGGUUAUUGGGUUUCCUAAAUAAAAUUUUAAGUGGGAUUUCUUUUUUGAAGGUCUUGCCAGUUUUAAAAAGAUGGUUUUGAGAUCUUUUAGUUCAGGGGUGGCCAACUUCCAAGAGACUGCGAUCUACUCACAGAGUUAAAAACUGGCAGUGAUCUACCCCCAAAGUUUCUGGGCUUCUUUGGGGGGAGCCAGUGAUCUACCAGUGAUCUACCACAGACGUCCACUGAUCUACCAGUAGAUCUCUGUCUACCUCUUGGACAUGCCUGUUUUAGUUGUAUGCUAUUAUAGAUGCAUGGGAUAUAAAUUUAAUAAAACAUUUGAAGAACCACAAGUUCCCCACUCCUUCUCUGGUUGCGUUUACUAGAUCUGAGACUGAUUUGGGUGCCUGUGGAGGUAAUGCUGUGUUGGGAUCUGGUGCUAUGUUGGAGACAACCCCACUGCCUGCCCCAUAACCCAACUGCUGUUCUUUACAGUGCCCCCUGACAACCCCUUGGUGGAGAUCAAGGAACAGGCCGUGGAAGGAGGAGAAGUGGAGCUCACCUGCAGCGUCCCCAGGUCACGCCCUGCUGCCACGCUGCGCUGGUACCGGGACCGGGACCGGAAAGAGCUGAAAGGUGAGGGAAGGAGGGAGGAAACCAGGGACUUAGCUUCCUGUAGGAGUUUGCUUUGGCCCCAAAGCUCCGGAGCUGUGAAUUCCCAUGCCAGCUGACCUUCCCAAGUGGAAUGUGCGGAACGGGGCGUAGUUUUCCUUUAGAUUUUUCUCCUACUUGGGUGAAGCAAUAAUAAUAAUAAUAACCAUCAAAAAUGCACAUCUUAGGGCGAAACAAAUAAUUUAGGGUGAAAUAAAUUUGGAAACGUGUGCACUGAGGUGAAAUACAUAUUUAAAUAUUAUUUUAUGCACUUAAAAAAAAAAUACAGUAGUGGAACAGGAUGUACACAUGUGAGCCUGGUAGGAACUGGAAGUAGACUGAUCUGUCGUUGGGGACAUGAGUUAGCUUAGUACUGGGAUAUCCAGUUAAUGAACCUCUAGAAGGUGCUGCCUCUUUUCCAGCUUGGGAUCGGUUUUAGGGAGCGUCUCCCCAAUAAAGUUUGUCAUCUCCAAACGCCUGAGGCUGAGGCUGCAUCCAUAUGUCUCUUUAACUGCAGCAUAUACACGAGCUGAGUUUAUUAGCAGCUACUCCUACUCUUCCCCCUGCCUGCCCAGAAAAUACUUAAAAUAGAAGGGCUUUUUGGCAUCUUAAAGGCAGAUGUUUCUUUUGGGGCUCCUUUUAGACUCGUAAGUAGGCUGCUUCUGGGUCUCUCCCAGCGCUUCUUGGCUGCCAGGAACAAGUUCUCUGCGCUUGCGUUGGAGGCAAGUAGGAGUAAUGUUAUGCGCUCCUACCCCUCCCGAGCACGGCGGUUGCAUUUUAAUUGUAUGUAAUUUAAAAAUUAGAAAAAGAGAAAAGAGCCCCGCGGCAAGGCGUGACGCCUUAACUCAGCUUUAAAGGGACGUUUGCAGGCGCUCGGCGGGGUUGACCAGCGGGGCCGGUGCACAUGUUCUUUGUUUCUCCCCCCCCCCAGGAAUAGGCAGCAAGCAGGAGAACGGGAAAGUGUUCAGCAUCACCAACGUGGUGCGCUUCCGGGUGGAGCGCAGGGACCACGGCAGCGUCGUGACGUGCGAGGCCACCCACCCCACGCUGCGGGGGCAGCGGAAGGAGACGCAGUACGUGCUAGAUGUACAGUGUAAGUGACCGCAGGUGCCUUGCUGGCGGGGGAAGAGGGCAAAGGCAGGGUUGGCAUCAAGUGGCAGGUCUGCAGUGCAUUCUGGGCCCAGCUGGGCCCCUUUACCCUCCCCUUUUCCUUUGGGCAGGGUGGGCAGAGGUUACGGAGCUGCGGGCCUCUGGCUCUAAACCACUGGGCCUCUUGGGCCUGCCGAUCAGAAGGUUGGCGGUUCGAAUCCCCGCAAUGGGGUGAGCUCCCGUUGCUCUGCCCCAGCUCCUGCCAACCUAGCAAUUCGAAAGCACACCAGUGCAAGUAGAUAAAUAGGUACCGCUGCGGCGGGAAGGUAAACGGCGUUUCCGUGUGCUCUGGUUUCUAUCACAGUGUUUCAUUGCGCCAGAAGCGGUUUAGUCAUGCCAGCCACAUGACCUGGAAGGCUGUCUGUGGACAAACGCCGGCUCUCUCAGCCUGAAAGCGAGCUAAGCGCCGCAACCCCAUAGUCAUCUUUGACUGGACAUAACUGUCCAGGGGUCUUUUAACUUUUACUUCUCUUGGAGGAAUGAAUGCCCAGGGCAAGAGAGUAGGGGGCUUCCAGAAGGGAAUUUAAUGGCUUAUUUGUUGAAUUUCUAUACCACCCUUUAUCCGAGGACCACAGGGACGGCUUACAGUAUAAAAACACAAAAAACAACAACAUCAUAACAAGCAAAACAAUAAUGCCUCCCCCCUCCCCCCAGCUUAAAAGGCUGUAGCUUGCUUGAUUAGCCCUAGGCCUGGGAGAAGAGGAAUGUUUUUGCCUGGCGCCUAAAGAUAUGCAAUGAAAGCACCAGGUGAGCCUUCCUGGGGAAAGCAGGGAGUCACCACAGAAAAGUCCUGUCGUCUCCCUCCAGAGCUACCAUGGAGGGCACACAUGAAGAAAGGCCUGAGAUGUUGGUCACAGGCCGGUUCAUAUGAGGAGAGGCGGUCCUUGAGGUAUUGCUGUCCUGAGCCGCUUAAGGUUUUAUUGAUCAAAACCAGCACUUUGAAUUGGGCCCAGAAACUAAUUGGCAGCCAGUACAAGGCUGGUGUAAUAUGCUCAAGCCAUCUUGCCCCAGUGAGCAAGCAACCUGGCCACUUCAUUGUGAAAUCAGUGCUGUUGAUGACCCUACAUUUCUUUCUCAGCAAUCUUCCAAUGUCAUCGUCAUCUAACCGCCAGCCCAUACCUUUAUUUAUUUUUACAUUCAAAACGGAUUUCCCCUUGCUGUGGAAAAUCCAAUAAGUGAAAAUAACCUGCUCUACAUCUGCAGACACUGCUAGUGAAUGUGGAGUGUGCAGGCGCUGACAGAGGAGGUCAUGGCUGCUUUGCUCCUCCCUGGUCUGCUCUCUGCAGGUUUGUGGUUUAGCUCUUGCCCUCCACAUACCACAACCUCAACCAAGGUUUGCCCUUGGGAGCUGAACCAUGCGUCUUGAGUUUGGACUACACACUUAAGGCAAGCCAUGGCUUAGCUCAGUGCAGCAGCUUAAACCCCAAGGAGGGGACCAAAGAGGCUGCAAUUUCCUCUUUGGGAGCCUGCACACUCACACAUGGUUGGCUCCAUGUGGCAUGUGGACCAGAACUCAGUGCAAUGCAGGCCUGAGCCUAAACCACGUGCCUUUUAAAAUCAAUGCAGAAAAACCCUGCUUCAGAGACCCUGUUCAGUAGUGUGGUGGGCGAAUUCAGAUCUCUUCUGAAAUUUCCAACACGUUUUCUUCAGUGGGCUCUCAAUUUACUUGUAUGUUCAAUUUCCUUGUAGUGUAAUAAGUGUCAUUUUGGUGUUUCUGUUUAUAUAGACUGGAUAUAUAGAUCUCCUUACUUUUUAUGCAUACUGUUUUCUAUUGCUCGUUUUUGUGGGUGAUGCAAAAAUCCAGGGAAACUGUUCCAGCCUUCCUUUGCAAUCUAACAUUCUUUCUAUGGAAAGGCAGCUCUUUUAGAAGGAAAAGACAAGGAGGAGGGAUGCAUGUAUUGAUAUCAGCCACAAUGCCAGCGAAAACCUUAAUUCCGGGCUUCUAAUGGCUCUGACGUCUGAAGGAAGCGUUUCCUCUCCACGGCGAGGGUUGCAAAUUGUCGGGCCUUGCUUGAGAAGUGUGACUGUUCUGUGCACGGGCUGAUUCAUGACCUCCUGUUUAUUCUCUCUAUUUCCACCCCAGUCGCUCCCACAGCCAGGAUCCAUCCGUCUCAGGGGGUGAUGCGGGAAGGAGACACUUUAGUUCUGACUUGUGACGUCAAAGGCAACCCGCGGUGAGUACUUCCACAGGAUGGGGAAAGCCAUAAUUAGAGGAGAGGCUGGAGGUGGGGGUGAGCAGGGGAGGGCAGGUUCUGGAAUAGAAACAUAGGAAGUUGCCUUGGACUGAGGCAGACAGGUCCACCUGCCUCCAGACUGCCUGUCCUAUCAGACAGUCCUAUCUCCUAGGUUUCAGGCAGAGCCAGUCUUUCUCAGCCCUACCUGCAGGCCAUUUUCAAAACCUACUUGACCACAGGCAAAAGAAGUGGGCAUAGAUGCUUCUCCGAAGCCUCUUCUGCUCUUAUUUAAAAAACUCCUGCCUGUCUAUUUCAGGAGAAUCUGCUUUGACUCUCCAGAGUCCACUUCCAUCAGGCCCAGCAACAUGCUUGUAGUCCAGCAACAUCUUGGGGGGCUGGGCGGGGGGUGGGACGCAUCAGGUUAGCCGCCCCUCAUCCUCAGGCCCUGCUAUUGGGCAGCUGGAAGAAAAGAAGAAGAGUUUGGAUUUGAUAUCCCGCUUUAUCACUCCCCUUCAGGAGUCUCAAAGCAGCUAACAUUCUCCUUUCCCUUCCUCCCCCACAACAAACACUCUGUGAGGUGAGUGGGGCUGAGAGACUUCAAAGAAGUGUGACUGGCCCAAGGUCACCCAGCAGCUGCAUGUGGAGGAGCGGGGAAUCAAACCCAGUUCACCAGAUUACGAGUCCACCGCUCUUAACCACUACACCACACUGGAGAGGGGCCACAUCCUUUGAGCAGUAGGCAUAACAGAGGGCAUUUGGGGCAGGCUUUCCUUCUUCUGCGACACAACGAAAGCGGCACCUGCUGAAAACCGCCCCCCCCCACUUCAUAAGACCCCCAUCCUUGCCCUGUGGCACCUCUUCCCUGUACACGCGGGGCAAAUUGUCCUUGCCUUUCUAUAUCGCUCUGACUGAUGGAUACAAUUCCCGAGCGGAGUUAUUACUCGAGCGCCCCUUGAUCCAGCCGCUCAGCUCCAUGUCCCAUCCAUCACGGGCUCUGGCAGCGCUUGCCGCAAAUAACCUUGAUGGAAGGAAGGAAAGUGGUGUGUGUUUGUGUGUGCUCAUGUGGGGGAGAUGAGGCGCUUGUGACCCGCAGGGGCCACCGGAGACGGGCGUUGGGAGGAGAGGGGUAAGGUUAACGCCGGCUGUCCUGACUUCCGCCCUCAGCCCCACGGACAUCAAGUGGAGCCGAGCCAACGACUCGUUGCCAGAGCGGGCCUUGACGGAGGGAGAGGUGCUGACCAUCCCCAGCCUCAGCAUGCUGGAUAACGGAACCUACCUGUGCCAGGUGGCCAACAAACAUGGCCGCUCGUCGGACCAGUAUGUGCUGGUGGUUUACGGUAAGCAACACGUGUUCUCUGCUGCUCCAGAGCUCCCCUCUCCUAAGCUCAGCCCAGAACCUCCGAGUUCACUGCUGUCCUGAUGUUCACAUGCAGUGGGCGAGGACUUAAAAGUCUGUUUCAGGGUCCGGGGGAGGCGGGGGGGGUGUCACAUGACAGAACGCUUUUAAAACUCCGCACAUAGAAAGUUAGCCUGUCAGGGAGAAACCUUUCUGCUUGCCAAAUAUUUUUUUUCCUUUGUUCGGGUGAUGCACUAAGUCAUGUGAGAGUUAUAGUUAGCUGUUUCUGAUGACCAGACCCCCCCCCAAACCACACCCUUUCUUUUUUUCCCAAUUUUUUUAUUGAUUUUCCAAAUAUAUAACAAACAAAUAAGAAAACAUUACAAUAUAAAACAGAAAACAAACAAACAUUUAUCCUCACUGUUAAUAUCCCAAUUUUCCUAUCAUUGUUAAGCAACUUCCUUGAAUCCCCCUAGCUGAGUUUCCAUAUAGGUCAUUGUAGCAGUUUUCCAAUACUACUUUCAAAUAAAAUUAACUUAAUUGGUUAACAUCUGUGGAACCACACCCUUUCUUCCUGGUCCAGAUUAAGGGUCUUAGGUGCUGUCCCCGAAUGCCAGGGGUGGGGGACCCGUGGCCCUCCAGAUGUCGGUGGAGUGCCAGUCCCAUCACCAUCCUGGCUGGGGCUGGUGGGCCACCAGUUCCUUACCCUUGCUCAUAUGGCAGUGUCUCUCAAUGGAGGUGUUUGCUUUCCCCCUGCCAGGAGGGCAGCCAGAAAUAGGGUAGGCUCGGGUCCUCUGCCCCGGCCCAUACCAAGCUAUGAAGCUCGCGGAGGGCACCCCCUCCAGCCACCCACCCCGCCUCUCACACCUUAACCUUUCCCUGUCUUUGGCAGACCCCGGGGCCAUUGUGGAGGCCCAGACUUCAGUGCCCUAUGCCAUUGUCGGGGGCAUCCUGGCGCUCCUGGUCUUCCUCGUCAUCUGUGUGCUUAUAGUCAUGGUGUGGUGCUCCAUCCGGCAGAAAGGUCAGUGUCGCAACCCUGGUGCCAGCUGGGCAGAUAAGAGACACGAGUGCUGAUUUAUAGAAGGAAAGCUGGGUUGCUCCAUCUAUCUCUCACCACUGAUCUGAGAAACUGCCUUGCAGCACAGUCAUCUCAUGUGUGUGUGUGUCUCUGUGUGUAUUCAAAAAGCAUAUUUCUAGCCUUUGGGGUUGGAGUGAGGAGCUUGAAAUGAUAAAAGCAGGGAGACCCCGCAGGGCUUGGGAGUGAGGCUUCCUGCCACCAUAGGAAGGACUUUGUGGCUCCUAAAACCAGCCUCUCUCACAGUCUUUCCCAAUCCUCUUUGUACGUGGGGAGGAGAAUGCUACGGCUGUGUACACAAUUGCCGGCUUAAAACACAGCGAGGUGGGGUUUUUUCUCAAUUCGGAUCAAAGGUGGUUUGCGGAGAAAUGGAUCCAAGCUUAGUAUUUCAAAAAAAAAAACACCAAAUACCUACAGGAUGCAGAAUGUACAGGAUGUCUGUACACCACCUGCAUUUUUCUUCUAGCCACUCAUGGCCAGCUGCAGAUUUCAGAGAGGAAUUCUUGGGCAAGACACUCAAAGGCUUCCCAUUCUCCUUGUUGCCUCUCACUUGCUUGCCUUCUCCCUCUGACCCCAGUCUGCACCUCUGCCCCCAAAGGAAGAACGAGAAGCAGAGAAAUCUGCUCCUUCGGUUCCCACAGCUAGUUGGAGAGGGCAAGCCAGCCGCCCAUGGCAACAAUCAGGAACGUGAGAUCUUGGGGCUCAGCCAGUGAGUGAUGGUACCAAGCCCUGGCGCCAGCUUGCAGUGUAACCACCUGGCCACUUUGGGAUGCAUGUGUUCGGAUGGGGGAACGUUCUGCUCUCCUCCGAUUGCCGCUGCACACACCCCCUUGUACACUCGCUAGAGAGCAGAACCUGAUAUUCUCUGCCUUCCAGAAUUCCUCUUCCUUGAUCGUAGCUGUUGCUGAAAGUUAAGUCCAGUGGGGACGUAUUUGUGACUAAACACCCGUGAGGUCCCAUUGCACUUGCAUAAGCUGGCAAUGUGUCUUCAAAGCCAUUCCAAACUGAGGGUGAUGAAUGUGGCUUUCAUACAAACAGAAAUAGUGCCAAAGCAAGGAUCUGUUCUCUAGUUGUGGGAUGAGGACCAACACAUGUAAUUAGAGGUGUGAUUCCUGCAUGGCAGGGGGUUGGAAUGGGGGACCCUUGGGGUCCUUUCUGAAGUGAAGGACAUGAGGCAGGAGUUGAUAAUGCAGGUGAGCUGCGCACAGGUGAGCUGCAAGUAAGCUGCCGGCCAGCUCUGUGGAGGCUCCUUUUAUUGACACAAUAUGCAAACCCAGGCAGAUACAUUUUGGGCUGUGACCUUUACACAUCGUCCAGUCCCGAGAUCAUGGGGUGGUACAAAGUUAUUUUGGCCCCUGUUUCCACCGCGUCAUUUUCCCCUUGCACAAUUUAUGACGAAGGAGACAAAGGUCUCAGAGACAAAGGUCACAGACAGGACACCGCAGACUACUGAGACCGCAAAAGGUUAGACAGAGGGGAAGAUGUUCAGACAGCUGUGGCUUUAUCUGUGAGGGAGAGUGCGCUCCAAGGUCAUGCCUGCAGGCAGCUGAGGCUGCCCGUGGGCAGGGAGUGGGCUCCGCACCCAGUGAUCAUUCCUACACCUUUCCAAAUCUAUGAUUCUAUGAAUGGAGUCGCCUUAGCAAGCUCUUGAGUCUCCUCCAGGGCCCUGUGCGCCGCACUUACCAUUGCUUGUGCCCAGUCUUCUCCUCAACUCACCCCCCCCGUCCUCUUUUUACAGGCUCCUACCUGACGCACGAGGCAAGCGGCCUGGACGAGCACGGAGAAGCCCGCGAGGCCUUUCUGAACGGUGGCGACGGCCAUAAACGCAAGGAGGAAUUCUUCAUCUGA